AUGGACAUUGUCCAACGCCCCAAAGCUGACGUGGAGUUUCUGGCAGAGGAACUGUGUGUCCCAAGUCUGAAUGAUAUCCACGACCUCCUCUGGUUAGCUGGACGUCCCAUGCCCCCGCGACCGCUCACCUACCAGCUUACGGCCUCACGAACGAUAGCCGUGGUCGAGGACAUCAAUCUCCAUCUUGUAUGGGAGCCCGGGCGAAUAUUCUUGAAACCCAUUCCACGAUUCCUGCUCAAUGCGGCUUUCUGGACCAAACACCUCGCCUGUGAUGCGGCCCAGGACAAUUCUUCCUGCGUCUCUGGUGUGAGCCGAAGUGCUCCGUCCGAUCCUGUAAGCAAACGGAGAGAGCUGUACGGGUGUGCCUAUGGCUUUCUUCUGUCGUACACAGCCUUGAUCCAGCACGAGAGCGAUUACCGCAUCGCCGCAAGCAACCACUUGCUGCCAGCGGACGUGGAUUGGGAAUCGUGGCGUCAGACCUCGUGGGAGCUUUUGGAGAACAGCCCCUGGAACAUGACACGGGUCAACAAGCGGUACAGAUACGGCGAGCUGCGGCUGUCGCGACUCAACAAAAUCUCCCGCUGGCGCAGCCUGACCUGCUCCGGGGACGGGCUGGUAGGGCUGAUGCGCGGGUACAAAUUCGGCUUCGCCACGUACGGCCAGCUACUCGAAGCAUGUCUUUUCCCAGUCGUCACGGCUACGGCCUAUAUUUUGUUAGUUUUGACAGCCAUGCAAGUCGGGCUUUCGACGGACUAUUUGAAAGACAAUUUUGCGUUUCAGCAAGCGUCGUGGGGAUUUACGGUGUUUUCUAUCCUGGCGCCGCUUAUACUGAUUGUACUGAGCUUUGUGCUUGUCUUCCUAUAUGUCGUUUUCAACUACCGGAGUACGAAGGCGUUUAACCAGAGGAGGAUGCAGUUUUACGACAAUCUGGGCCGGAAUGGAUGUUAA